GUAGUGGUUAAGUGCCUUCAGAAAUUAAACUGCCACCAACCGAAUUUUUACCGAGUAUGAGAUGGUUAAACCUUGUGUACCAUAGUUUACCAAAGAUAGAAGUGGGUUGGGCGAGUGAAAGGCGGCGCGUGAGUAUAAUUGCUGAGGUAUGGCCCACCCACCCAUGUGCCCUCCUGUUUCCACCAGCUCCUGCCUCAAUGAUUAGAGCUCUGCUUUCCGCCUCCUCCUCUUCACAUCUCAUUUCACCCUAAAACCCUUAUCUCCUCCACUCACUCACACCAUGUCAUCAUCAGAAGCCACCACCAACGGCGUCCCCAACGCCUCCAUCAUCAACAAUCAACAGCAACUGCCUCAAGGUAACGGCGUUUUAUCCGUCAAAAAACCUCCCGCAAAAGACCGCCACAGCAAAGUCGACGGCCGCGGCCGUCGCAUCCGCAUGCCGAUCAUCUGCGCCGCUAGGGUUUUCCAGCUCACUCGUGAGCUCGGCCACAAGUCCGACGGUCAAACAAUCGAGUGGCUCCUCCGUCAAGCCGAGCCCUCGAUUAUCGCCGCCACCGGCACCGGAACCACUCCGGCUAGCUUCUCCACCGUUUCCGUUGCGGUUCGGAAUUCAAACGCUAAUUCGUCGCUCUCCGUUUCGCUUGAUCAAAAAUCACCGUCGCAGCACCACCAGCAUCUAAUCUCUCCGGCGCCGUUUAUCCUCGGGAAACGGCUCCGGCCGGAAGACGACGGACUCGAUGGCGGAGGAAAGGAAGAUAACAGUCAUAACAUAUCUGUUUCCGGCGGCGGAGGCGGAGGAUUUUGGGCGCUGCCAGGGAGACCUGAUUACGGACAGGUGUGGAGCUUUGCGGCGGCGCCGAUGCCGGAGACGGUAGUGUCUCCGUCGAAUGUGAUGACGUCACAGGGAAGGUUUAUACAGCAGCAGCCAAUGGGAGAAGCGUCGGCGGCUAGGGUUGGGAAUUAUCUGCCGAUAACUCAUGGACAUUUGAAUUUGCUUGCGUCACUUUCCGGUCCUCCGCCACAAUCUUCGAACAACAAAGAUGAUGAUAACCGCUGAAUUGUUCGUUAACCGGUAUUACUUGCUGUCGAUACAUAUAUCUAUAUAUAAAUAUGCAUGCUGUUUGUGUGGAAGAUUUGUGAGGCUAGGGUUUAGGUGUGAUUUUAGGGUAUUGAAAUUGAAAUGAAGGUGUCUUCUUAGGUUGUUUCUAGAGUUGUUGAUUUUAUGGCUAUUAGGUUUGAUUAAUUUUAUCCAUUUUUUCUAUGUGGUUCAUAUCGGAGGAAUCGGAUGAAGAAAUCUGAAAUCUACUACAGGGAAGCUUAAGCUUAAUGGUUUUGUUGUUGCUCUGUUUUGAAAUUUGAAUGAAUCCAGUAUGAUAUGAAACUGUAGUUGUGGGUUGCACUCAAUUUGUGACCUCUAUUCUCAUUGUUAGAUUAAUUUGUGUGUGUGGAAAAUAAUGUAAACCUUCGUCGGUGUUGCUUGUUGUAUGUAAGUGAGACUUUUUUUAAGUGGUGAAUAAAUAACCAUAUGUUUCGCUUGCAUCA